UUGGGCGGCCUAUUGGACACCCGGCCCAAAUAUCAACCUUAGAUCAAACGGACAGGAUUGAAGACGUGCUUAAUAUCUAGAGUCACACCUGACGAGCAUGGAUUGUCGCACUAAGAUGAAUAAAUCAAGUGAAACAAGUCGCAGCUCGGAUUCCUAUCCUGAUGAGGUCCUGAUCUUCUGAGGGGCGUAUAAAUAAAUACGAGCUCAACCUGUGAACAAUCAUGUGGCUUCCUCAUUACUUAUUUGCUUUCGUCUCCAUAAGCCAGCUCGUACUUGACACUAACGGAUCCCUCGAGCGCACACGUCUGGACAUUUCGUGCCCAUAUGAUGUUGCACAGGGCAGUUUCUUGAGGGAUUUCGAGAAACCUUCGGUUAAGCCUGGAUGGUGGGCUCGUGGCAGUCGCGGCACCGGAUCAUCAGCUAUUAAUCGCUGUAAAUUCUUCAGCUCAAUCCAAAAAUCAGGAAAAGAUGCCAAAGUGAUGCAAUAUUUCAAGACCAAAUUCGAUAGUAUUGACGACGAUGCUAAGGUUGUACUUGCGCAAAAACUGUUCGAAUAUCUUUUGCGGAAUAAGUCGAUAUCGCAGGAAGCUUUGAAUGCAUGGGUUCAAGAACUGGCUGGAAUGCUUCGUCAAUAUCAGGCCACCUCCAAAGUUCGCUCUACAAUCGUUUAUGGUCUUCAUACUCUACUCUUGAAGAAUUUCGACCAGGCGGAACUCGCCCAGUCAAUUCGCACUACUUUGGACGGAAUCAUGAAAUCAUUGGGCCCUUUGGAAGCAGCUCUUGCAUCCUUGAGUGAAUGGGACCAAGAACUCUUCAAGCCUGCCAGCGGUCUCAGUGAAAAAUUUCGCACAUGGUCGUCUCUCGAGCCACUCCUAUCUCAUGAACCGGCGCUGAGCAAGCUUCACCAGACAUUACUGCAUGAACCGUUUCCUAGAGCGAUUACCUCUGGAAUAGACAACAUCAGAACAAUCUUUUUAAAACAGCCACAGUCGGAAGAGCCCUGCUCUCAGUCUAGAAUAGUCGCGAUAGCUCUACUCUUUCAUUUGAUGUACACCAAUAAUGAGCAAGUUAAUGUUCAUGCUUUUCAGACCAUCCGGCUGCUAAGGGUGAACGAACACCGCCAUUUCUUCUUAUUUAAUCAUGAAACUACCUUAUUAACGAAGUUAAUGGCUGACCUUAGCAGCACCUAUGAAGAUGCCCCAAGGCCUAUUGGUGGGAUUCAUGUCAUAGGUAGAGAUCCGCCAAAUGUUGGGCGUGAUGAAAGGGUAUAUAGACCAGCUUUUUCCUCGUGAUAGUUUGGGAGCAAUCCAGCUACAAUAAAUACCUUCUUCGAAACCCAUUGUAUAUACACAUCUUGUUGUCCACGUAUGAGUGUCUUUGAAUUUACCCACUAUUGAGCUCAAUGCGACCCUUUUCAAUAUGGCUUGACUCGUCUGAUCGUAAUCUCAACGCAAUGCUAUGUAUCUCACAUCACUGGUUUUGUUGGAGCUCCAUCACAUAUCAUCUGCCCCACUCGCUGUUUAAAACCGGUCAUCUUUGUUAUUAGCCAUCUAGUACCCCUCCAAGCGACUAGAAUAUUGUGACAUCAACCCCGAUUUUUGGAUUUGGAAAUAAGUGAUUUGAGCAAGUCAAUCAUAAGUGGUAUCAAAA